UCGCCCUACUACAAAAGCUGCAGCGUGCAAGAACGAACGAAACAGGGUUCUCACACUUCUACGCCAUUUUCUCGAUCGUUUUCUAUAUCGUUUCUCUUUCCCUCAAACUUUCUCAAUCCCUAAUCCGCCGCUAUCCAUUCUUUCCAGAUCGUCAUUCGUCAGAGGAUCUCUCUGCCAUCAUCUAACUGAUCUAUUCCUCCGUCUGUGGAAUCCCUAUAAAAUUUAUUGGUACGAUUUGGGCCGAAUAGAUGCCAGUUGCAAAACUUACUGCCUCAGGUAUUCCCAAUUUUAUGAAACCAGAAGAUGGAAAUGAUUCUUUGGAUAUGUUAAUCAGACAAGCAAUUGGAAAAGAAUCUUUCCUUUCCUACCCUAGGGCUGGUGACAGGCCAGCACAGUGGAUUCAAUUGUUUCAUGCUUUAGAACAGCAGCAAGAAAUUCCAGGGUGGCCUGUGUUUUCUCCUGCGAAGGUUCAGAUACAUAAGUGUGACAAGUGUACCAAAGAGUUUUGCUCACCAAUUAAUUAUAGAAGACAUAAGCGUGUACACCAUCGGUUGAAAAAGCUUGAUAAGGACUCUAAGAAAAAUAGGGAGUUUUUAGAGGCAUAUUGGGAUAAGCUCUCUGUAGAAGAGGCUAAGGAAGUUGUGUCAUUUAAGAAUGUAAUGCUGGAGGAGGUUCCAGGGUCUUCAGUUUUACAAGCUCUCUCAACUCUUAGAACACAACAAGGAUUCUAUUCUUUUCCACAUGGUUACCUCAGAGCUGGUUUUGCCCUUUUGGAUAUUGUUCAAUCCAGGCCUUCUAGUUUCCCUAUAUCUUCACAGAAGCUGUUCGAUAUUCUUGAUGAUUCCAGUGAAAAAACAUUUUUGUGUGGAACAGCAGUGUCAAUGCAAAGACAUGUUUUUGAUGGAGAGGCUGGAAAGAUUGGUCUCGAACCGAAAAACCUAGUUGCUUGCACAAGUUUCUUGCUAGAGCAGAAAUUGGUAAAGGCAUGGCUCGCCGACAAGGACGCUGAAGCAUUGAGAUGCCAGAAGCUGCUGGUGGAGGAGGAGGAAGCUGCUCAGAGAAGACAAGCCGAGAUUUUGGAGAGAAAACGCCAGAAAAAGCUUAGGCAGAAAGAACAGAAGGCGCGAGGCCGACCUGAAAAUGACACAGAAAUUAAAAAGAGCAUUAGCAGCACAGAAGAGAAUGUAUCACCAGAGGAAGCAUCUUUGGCUGUAUGUGACUUUGAAGCAUAUAGAGCAGAUGUAGUUGCCGAUCAUGCUUCACCCCUUGUAACUUAUCACUGCCCAGACACCAAUGAAUGUGUUGACGUGGAUACAAAGUCAGGAUUUCAUUGUGACACUGAUCAGAAUGUGGAGCAGUGGACAUCACAAAGGGAUGCACAACCAGGUUAUGAUUGCGACACUGAUCGGAAUUUAGAGAGACAGACAUCACAGAGACAUAAUCCUAGGCGGACAGCGGCUGCUAGACGGCAAGGGCUGCCUAAGUCACAACGUACUAUUGCCAAUGGUUUGUAUGCAAGCCAGAACUCUCAAAAGUCAAAGUUUGGAGUCAUUCCAAAAUAUGGAACCAACCGUGAUCAGAGGGCAGCUCCUAUAGUUAACGGUGGUAAAGUUUGGAGCCGGAAGCCUAAACCAGAAACAGAUGCAGGGGUUAUGAAAGCUAGGCUGCAUAAAGAACCCGACAAAAUUAAGAAUCAUGAGGUUUUGAUAGGAUCUGUAUCUGUUACACUGGCCAAUUGCAGCCAAUCAGAGGGUAAUCCUGUCACAUCUCAAGCGGACAUCAUAGUAGAGAAUUUGGCUGACCAAAAUAUUGCUCAGGAGAAGCCAAUUAAACCUGACUCCUUUCAGGGAGGCAACAACCGAUCAAGAGUUAAGCUUUGGAGACCGGUUAGCCUGCACGGAACUAAAAAUCCGCUGCCACUUCAAAGUGUUGAGACAGAAAUUGAUGGAAAAGAUGAUCAAAGUAGUUUAAGGUCGUGUAAUAUAGAUGGAGGUGAUAUUAGUUCUGGCAACAAAUCUAAUGUUGGGGAUAAAGCAGAUAUAGAAAACGUUCAGUUUUCCAGUCAUGCUGCAAAAGCCUUUCUCUCAGAAAGGUGGAAAGAAGCAAUUUCAUCACCUCACGUGGAGUUGGUUAUUUCACCUGAUUCCGAACUUCCUGGAUUACAGGCGAUCAUGGAAUGUGAGCCAGCACCGUGUCGAUCUUCUAAUUCGGAUAAAUGCAAUGUUCUUGCAAAUACAGAAAACUGGUUGCCUGCAACCUCUGGAGUUGCUAAAUCGAAAUCCAGAAUCAAGUCGGAGAAGGGAAUCAAAAUAAAGUACAUUCCAAAACUAAAGGCUGCAUCAUAAAUAGAAAAAACAAAGAAAAUAGUGGAUUUAAAAAAAAUAUAUUUGACAGAUAUGCUCAAUUUGAUUUCUCGCCAAUUAAAUUAUCAGUAGAGGUUCCAAUUAAGUUGAAAGUAGGUUUUGCUGGAAAGUAUUUUUGUGAUCCGUCCAUUUCCUUUUAAUCGGGAUCUUGAAUUAGGUUCAUUUUUUUUUCUCAUGGCAUUUUUUACCAAAAUUUUGUGUAAUAAAUUUGUCCUGUUAUUAUAAAAGAGUGUCAUUUUUUAUGGACAA